AUGAAAUCUACAAGUCUGUUUCGUUUGUUAAAGAUGAAAUCACCUGAUAAACAUUUUAUUAAAAUAUCAAAAUAUUUGAGACGAAACUGGCGAAAUAUCCUUCUCACCAAUUGUCACUUGUGUCCACAACAACGUUUACCUUCGUUUGAUGAAAUAUGUAUUUGGGUAAAUAGCACCAAACAAUCGACAACGGGUGAUAAAGAGAAUGGUUUUGAUAUUACCAGUGAUGAUGAACUGUACUAUCAACCAGUACCAAGACCUGUUAAAAGGUCUCGACAAAAGAAGGCAACAUCCAUUUUAUCAAAGCCAGUCAUCUAUAUUGUUGAAGAAGAACCGAAAUCUAUUCAUGAAGAAGUGUGGAAAGUGGUAGACGAGGAAUCAGAGAAACAAUAUCGUCAGUUGGCGUGUGAUAUUAUCAACGAAUAUUCGGAGAAACAUGAACACUUGAGAUAUGUCAGUGAUUAUCCGAAGUUAAUCGAUUAUAUUAUAAACAUGGCUCCCUGGAAAGUAUGGCAUGCACCACCGGCCGACGAAAUUCUACUAUACGGUCGCAAACAUAUUCUACCUACACUCGAGAAACAUCUUCAGUAUGAAACUUUUGUCUCCAAUCAUCUAUUUUUUAAAUUGAGAUCAAUGCAUCGAACAUUUUUGAGACGAGUCAUGCCUAAUAUGCCGUUGAUAUUAAAACAGAUUGAAAUUGAAUCAAAGUUGAGAGCACAAAUGCCAUUAAAUGAGAUAAUCAAAUAUCACAUAUCAAAACGUCUCGGUAAUGACAAGUAUUACAGUGAAUUUGCAUGCUACUAUCCAUUCCAAAAUACAGUGCUGUCGGUUGCUUUUUGA